UUUCAUUAGGAGGAGGAAAAAUCAGUUGUCUUUUCUUGUAGAAAUGAUGGCAGCAAAUGGUAGGAGUUCUUUGCGGUGUUCACUGCAACUGGUCCUUAUUGUAUUGAUAUUCCUUACGGCUAAAUCCCGAUCACAAUACAUAGGAGGUGUACUGGGAAUUGGGCUUAAUACGACUACCAAUAAUACUGGCAACUGUACUGGCUUGGAGGAAAUUGUCUACAACACCACUGAAGUGCAGAGCUUACUAAAUCAAAUAUUUUCUUUCAAUGGCUCACCUGUACUAGUCAAUGAUUUCAUAAGCUGCAAUUCUGGCAUUCUGUUUUUUAAUAUAACACUCGAUGAUUAUACGAUUGCCUGUCAAGUGGAAGGAACAAGGAAUGCCAAUGGGAACUUGGGUGAAUACAGUGUUCUUUUUAUAGAAAUCAGCACUACAUGCAUCUCCAGCUCUGUAAUAAGUAUAAGCUCAACUUCAUAUAGUAUUACAUAUCUCACUUCAACCAGUCCAGUUGGAUCAAGUUUAACAACAUCAACAGCAGCAACUGUUUUUCCUAGUUCUCCUGCCCCUUCUAAUUCAGUUAGUUUCUUUACUCUCUUUAGACUUCCCAUCAUAAUAGCUGCUACAAUAUUUGGUGUGUCCUGUUUACUCCUAUCUACUUGUGCUAUCAUACUUGCACUUAUCAAAAGGAAAAUGGACGGUCCUUCAUAUCAAAUUAGUGGAAACAGAACUCAAGGAAAGAAAUGGAAAGAUGAUAACUAUGUACUAGAGGAUUAUCAAAGCAGAAAUAAGACAACAACCGUAGCUGCAUCGUCUUCUUCUCCUGCUCCUCCUGCCCCUCCUCCUCCUCCACCUGGUCCUAUCUCUACACCCGGAGCUUCCUCUUCAGCCACUUUACCUACUCCUCCUGCCCCUCCUCCUCCUCCCCUACCUGGAGACGCAGGCUCAAGGACUCUACCCGCAGACUCCUCAUUGUCUCACAUUGGAAACACAGCUUAUAAGUCGCUACCACUCCACGAGCAGUCGGCCCCACCACCAGCUCCUCCUCUACCUCCACUACCUGGUCUCUCGGACCCUGUCAAAGAAAAAAAGGCACGCCCGCUACCGGAGUUAUCAAACAAAGCAAACCUCAGCAAUAAAGCGCCUCCUCCCCUGCCACCAAAUGUAAGUAAGCCUGUCCCAAAACCUCCCAUGCCCCUGCCAGUUGACCAGGUAGAGGACUUCUAUGAUGAGUUUAGUACCCGAAAGAGAGAAAUUGAAGAAAUUUAUGAUUACGGGCCACAACUAGAUAACUCUCAAGACGAUUUGCUGGCUACUGACUAUAUAAAUGUGACAAAGUCUGGAGUAGUCCCUCAAUACACUGAUAUCGACUAUAAGGAUGACGGAGUGAAUGAGUAUGUCGAAAUGGCUUCGACUGGAAUCCUCUCGCCUCCUGGUAAAGUUACCUUUGGCACGAACGAACUUUAUAUUUAAAACUUAUUUUGCUAGUGUGUGUGUGUGUGUGUUAACAUGUACUGCACCAAUGCGAGUCUAUUUUAAUAAUAAUUAAUUUGUAAAACAUGUAUAGCAUACGCACACACACUUUACGAGAGAGA